AUGGGGGAGCCCAGUAGAGAGGAGUAUAGAAUCCAGUCUUUUGAUGCAGAGACCCAGCAGCUGCUGAAGACAGCACUCAAAGGUGAGCAUGGGAGCCCCUCCAAGCAGGGGUCAAGAGCUGCAGAGAAGGGGCAGCACUCGGGAGUGUGCAUCAGAUACCCUUCAAACUGUAAAGAUCUUUUCAAAAAUAAGAACACACAGGCCUGCUCUCUGCCCACAGACCCAGGUGCUGUGGACUUGGAAAAAGUGGCCAAUGUGAUUGUGGACCAUUCCCUGCAGGACUGCGUGUUCAGCAAGGAAGCAGGACGCAUGUGCUACGCUAUCAUCCAGGCAGAGAGUAAGCAAGCAGGCCAGAGUGUCUUCCGGCGCGGCCUCCUCAACCGACUGCAGCAGGAGUACCAGACCCGGGAGCAGCUCCGAGCCCGCUCCCUGCAGGGCUGGGUCUGCUAUGUCACAUUCAUCUGUAACAUCUUCGACUACCUGAGGGUGAACAACAUGCCCAUGAUGGCCCUGGUGAACCCCGUCUAUGACUGCCUCUUCCGCCUGGCCCAGCCUGACAGUUUAAGCAAGGAGGAGGAGGUGGACUGCUUGGUGCUGCAGCUGCACAGGGUUGGGGAGCAGCUGGAGAAGAUGAACGGGCAGCGCAUGGAUGAGCUCUUUGUCCUGAUCCGGGAUGGCUUCCUGCUUCCGACUGGCCUCAGCUCCCUGGCCCAGCUGCUACUGCUGGAGAUCAUAGAGUUCCGGGCAGCUGGCUGGAAGACCACUCCUGCAGCCCAGAACUAUUACUAUAGUGAGGUCGCGGACUAG